AAACGGUACACGGUUUAUCCGCCCCCCGACCAAGUCUUCACCUGGACGCAGAUGUGCGACAUCAGGGAUGUGAAGGUGGUCAUUUUGGGACAAGAUCCAUAUCAUGGACCUAAUCAAGCUCAUGGGCUGUGUUUCAGUGUCCAGAAGCCUGUUCCGCCUCCCCCCAGUUUAGAAAAUAUUUACAAAGAACUGUCUACAGAUAUUGAGGACUUCACACAUCCGGGUCAUGGUGAUCUAACUGGCUGGGCCAAGCAAGGAGUGCUCCUGCUCAAUGCUGUCCUCACGGUGCGAGCUCACCAGGCCACCUCCCACAAGGAGCGGGGCUGGGAGCAGUUCACGGACGUGGUGGUGUCCUGGCUCAACAAGAACUUGCACGGGGUGGUCUUCAUGCUGUGGGGAGCCUAUGCCCAGAAGAAAGGCAGCUCCAUUGACAGGAAACGCCACCACGUCCUGCAGACGGUUCAUCCCUCACCCCUCUCUGUCAACAGAGGGUUUUUCGGCUGUCGGCAUUUCUCAAAGACAAACGAAUUGCUGAAGAAAUCUGGCAAGAAGCCCGUUGACUGGAGAGCGCUCUGAGAUGCCUGCAGGAGCUGGUGGGCUGUAAUGGUUGGAAACAGCCCCCAUUUCAGGGGUUGUCUCGUUUCUGCGAAACUUUUGCUG